AUUCGCUACAAGGAGGAGUUUGAGAAGAACAAGGGGAAAGGUUUCAGCGUGGUGGCCGACACCCCGGAGCUGCAGAGGAUCAAAAAGACUCAGGAUCAGAUCAGCAACAUAAAGUACCAUGAAGAGUUCGAGAGGAGCAGGAUGGGCCCGAGCCCCAGCGAGGGUGCUGAGCUGGAGCGCAGGAACUCCCAGGAGAGCAGCAGUUACCGCAGACCCGCGGAGCAGCAGCACCAGCAGCCCCAUCACAUCCAGCCCAGCAACCCAGUCUACCAGCAGCAGCCGCC